CCCAACCCACACAACAUUUCCAGGUACUCUAGAGACAGAAAGAAGAAGAGAGAGAGAACACCGCAGCUCACAAACCUUGCAACCCCUCUCCGACCUUGCGAGCCGAGCGAUCCCCCACCCCAACCAUGUUCCGCCAAGCCGCCACUCGCCUCCUCUCUCGGUCCACCAUCGCCGCCCCCACCGGGGCUCGGCCUUUCUCCACUGACGUCCCGGCUUCUAUGGCGGCCGAUGAGACGUUCUCGGUGGCGUGGAAGAAAGUGAUCCCCAACAUGGAACCACCCAGGAGCCCCCUCACCUUCAUGACGCCUCGCCCUCCGGCUCCGUCUUCGAUCCCUUCCAAGCUCACUGUCAAUUUUGUUCUUCCCUACAAUUCUGAGCUCUCCUCCAAAGAGGUUGACAUGGUCAUAAUUCCGGCCUCAACUGGGCAGAUGGGUGUUCUUCCUGGGCAUGUGGCGUCAAUUGCGGAGCUGAAACCUGGGGUCCUGUCAGUGCAUGACGGGAAUGAGGUGACCAAGUAUUUUGUUAGCAGCGGGUUCGCUUUCAUCCACACGAACUCUUUUGCAGAUAUAAUUGCCAUUGAGGCUGUGCCAGUCGAUCAAAUUGAUCCAAGCCUCGUCCAAAAGGGGCUGGCGGAGUUCACCCAGAAGCUAAGCUCGGCCUCCUCUGAGUUGGAGAAAGCUGAAGCCCAAAUUGGAGUGGACGUGCACAGCGCUCUAAAUUCUGCUCUCACAGGCUAGUGUUACUAGUUUCUAUGCUCCUUGAUUCAAUAAAUCUCUCUUUUUGCGUGUAAACAUGCCUCAUUGAGAAAAAAUUUGUCUCAAAAUAGGAACUGCUAACAGUAUCUGUUUUUGCAUUUUCUUUUUGUUGGAAUAUGGAAAUGAUAAAUCACCUUUGAAUA